UCUCUCCGUCUCUCCUCGCCUUGGGUGCGCGCUCAGCUCACACUCACCACUUGUUUUGAGUUGGACUUUCUUGCUUUCUAUCUUUCUUUCGCCGCGGCAGCAAAACAACAUUUUCAAGCAGCCUGCUUUCGACUUAUUGACAGUUUGCGGCACAACUCAUUGUCAGGAGGAAUUAGGCAUGUCCGCGCAAGAAGACCUGUUCGUCGGUGUGGACGUGGGCACCGGCAGCGCCAGGGCCGCGCUUGUGACCUGCGGAGGCGAGGUGUUGUCCGUCGCCACCAAAUCCAUCCAAAUUUGGUACCCGGAGCCGCAUUUUGCCGAGCAGUCGUCGGAGGAUAUCUGGACGGCCGUUUGCCAAGUCACAAAGGAAGUCAUUGCUCGCUUUGAUAUCAACAGAAUUAAAGGAAUUGGUUUUGAUGCCACGUGCUCGCUGGUGGCUAUCGACAAACAGGGAAACCCUCUCAGUGUCAGCCCAUCAGGCAAACAUGAGCAGAAUAUCAUUAUGUGGAUGGACCACAGAGCUGAGUCUGAGGUCAAACGGGUGAACGACACGAAACAUAGAGUGCUCGACUUCGUCGGCGGCAAAAUAUCCCUGGAAAUGCAGAUUCCGAAACUGCUGUGGCUGAAAAACAACAUUGGUGCCGACUAUUUCGAACGCGCUGGCCACUUUUUCGACCUGCCCGACUUCCUCACUUGGAAGGCAACAGGCGCCACUUCCAGGUCUCUGUGCUCUUUGGUGUGCAAAUGGACGUACCUGGUGGAGGAAGGCGGUCAGGGACGAGGCCACUGGCCGCGCGAUUUUUUCCAGCAAAUUGGUCUUUCCGACCUGCGCGACGAGCAAAUCGGGACGGACGUGCGUAUGCCGGGAUCUCUGGUGGGAAAACUGAGCACGGACGCUGCCACACAGUUGGGACUGCACCCUGAGGUCAGGGUGGGCACCUCGCUGAUCGACGCGCACGCCGGAACCCUUGGCAUGAUCGGCUGCAAUGCUGCAGAAGGCGCUUCCCGGAAUUUCACGGAGAGACUCGGCCUGAUUUGCGGCACUUCUUCCUGCCACAUGGCCGUCAGCGAGGACAGCCUUUUCGUGCCCGGUGUUUGGGGUCCGUAUUUCAGCGCCGUCCUGCCCAACAUGUGGCUGUCCGAGGGCGGUCAGAGCGCGUCGGGACGCCUCCUGGACCACAUCAUCCUAUCCCAUCCGGCAAAAGAGCUCUUCAAAGACAAAUCAUUACCCGAAAUAACUAAAGAGCUGAACGAUAUUGUGGCAAAUCUGGGCGCUGGAAUGGAUAUGAUAAAUUUAACUAGAGAUGUGCACGUCAUUCCUGAUUUCCAUGGAAACCGUUCGCCGCUGGCGGAUUCAGAGAGGAGUGGAAUGAUUACAGGCCUUACUCUCGACACCUCGAAGAAAAAUCUAGCCAUUUUAUAUUUGGCCACAGUGCAAGCGAUUGCGUAUGGCACGAAACACAUUUUGGACGCGAUGCAGUCGCACGGCCACAAUUUCAGCUGCGCCCUGAUCUGCGGCGGGCUGGCCAAAAACGCUCUUUUCGUGCAGACCACCAGCGACGUGCUGGGCAUUCCCGUUCUGCUUCCUCAAGAGCUGGAGUCUGUGCUGCUCGGGGCGGCCAUCCUCGGCGCGACGGCCGCUGGGGCCUACCCCAGCGUCCAGGAGGCGGCCACCAAAAUGUGCGGCGGUGCGGCCAGGAUUGAACCGACAACUGGCUCCCAAGAAUUCCACAGACGAAAAUACGCGGUCUUUCUGAAAAUGCUGGACGACCAAAUAGAGUACAAGAAAAUCAUGGAAAAAUAAACGCUUGUCACGAUAUUUUACCUUCAGAUAUUUAUUCGUGGGAUAAAAUAAUAACCCUUCUAUAGAGUGACAAUAAUAGAAUGCUUAUACAAUGAACAUGAGGCGCGUGUGUAUGCAUUGUGAAACAUUUUUACAAGGUAGCAGCCGUGAAUAUACAUCGAAACGAGUGGACCUCCCAUGCCACGCUGAAUAAAAUCAAAGUAAUCAUAGA